UCGGUCUCAGUUCAAACUUUACAAACUUGUUUUUCUUUUUAUUACAAAGGAAAGGCUCUCGAACUCGAGAUCUCCUGGGAAGAAGAGAAGAACCCUACUGUCUGUUGAGAUACAUGCUCAUUGUCUUUACAAACUUGUUUAAUUAACCGAGUGAGAGAUAUCACUUUAAGUGGUGUUUGCCAUUCAAGUAUUGUGGCUUUCUGGGUGCUAUUUAAAUUAAAUGGCAGUCAUCUGGCAUUGAUUGCCAAAGCAAUAAAUGGACGAUGUAACAAAUAAAAAAAAUAAUUAAAAAGAAAAGGGAAAAAUCUGCUGAUAUCCAACCUUGUACAUGCAGCUCUUAUAUAUUUAUAUCUGUGCAAUAUUUGAUCUCACUUCGCAGGGGGAGGUUUUACUUGAGACGGGGACAUUAACAUGUACAAGAUUAGACUGUGGAGAAACACUUCGGGUGUCAGUUUGCCAAGUUGAUAUUUUUUUUAAUAUAGGAUGCCUGCUCUUCUAUGAAAUCAAAGUCAGCCUCUCGAGGCAUUUGCUUCAUCUACCACCCUCAUACACACCAGUACAAUUGUGCCACGUGUACUAAACAGCGACACUGUGUAUUAGCCUCCGGGGCUGUUACACACCACCAAAAUCUUCCUUGACGGCACCGGAUCCACUAAGCCUGCCUGUCUCAUGUGCUUGAGUGCAUACACAUUUCCAAGACUUCCAUUCCCUUAACGGUUGUGCACCUGAAACAAACUUAAGCCUCCAUUCUUGCUCUUGGGGUGCACUCAAAUUUCCUAUACUACUUUCUUAAUUGCUUUCAAACUCAACAGGAGAGAGAACCAGUGAAAGGUUAGGCAGUUUUAUGAAGCCUAUGAAGUUUGAAGCAAUCUGGUAUAUAUGGAGACAGGAUGGAAGGAACAUGCUGAGAUAUCACCAAGUUGUCCUCGGUGUGGUUCCUCAAAUACUAAAUUUUGUUAUCACAACAACUACAGUUUAACACAACCGAGAUACUUCUGCAAAGGUUGUAGAAGGUAUUGGACUGAAGGAGGAUCCCUACGAAACGUGCCUGUUGGUGGUGGUUGCAGGAAGAAUAGAAGAGGAAAGUCAAUGAGGCUAUCAACAGAUGUUCACUCUAAGAUUUCAGGUUAUGGAGGCUUGUCUAAUAACUCUAUUAGACAUCCAUUUAGCCAUAAAGGAAUUUCCUCCAUGGAGUCCUCUAGCUCAUCGAUGAUUCCUGAUGGUUCUCAUAUUGAUCUCGCACUUGUUUAUGCAAAGUUCUUGAAUCCACAGCAAGAUUCCAAGAGUGGUUUUGAAGUGCCUGAAUUUAGAAGCGAGUUUGAUCCAUAUCUCGAAUUCCCUAACAUUCCGAACUCGUAUUUGGAAUCAAGUGCUCAAUUACCGGAAGAAAAUGGUCUUGCUGGAUCCCUCACCAUCUCUGACUUUUCGACAGGAGUUCCUUUGAGUGACAAUGAUCACUUGAUGUACUACUAUAGUCUAGACUCAGCCCACAAGCACCAAGAUCACCAAGAUAGGACUCAACAAUGUACAAGUCAUGAAACAAGCAGCUUCCACUUGCCACCAUUGCCAGGACAAGACACAGUCUCUCAAGACAUACUUUGGUCAAAUUCUCACAUGAUGGAUAAUCAUAGCCUGGAAAUGUCUCCACAACCAGUUCUUGGACCUGACACUCAAGAUCCUAAUCUAUUGUUUGGUAACUGGAGUCCCUUUGAUAUGUCUAGCGAUGAUACUUUCUCAAGGUCUUGAUAAAAUGUGUUCAUUGCUUUUUUCCUUUGCUAUACAUGCAUAUCACUGUAUAGGACCCGAAAUAAUCUACAUAUACAAAUAUGUAUAUGUUAUCCGUGUUUAUAUUAAUGGCACCUGUAACUGGGCUUUGUUUACUCCACUCACGAAAGUAA